AUAGUUCGCUCCUCAGUCAGGUAAAAUGUCCCUCAACGGGACGUACACUAUUCCCGAGGAAUUUCAAUCACUAUAUUCGUGGUGGGGGAGCAUUCUUAUACUGGAAAUGAUGGUGUUGAUUUGGUUCACCGGACAGACUCGAGUAAAAACGCAGACAAUACACAGUGAAGAGGAUCGAAGGUGGCUCGAAAAUCCCAACGUCACUCUUCACCCCGAUGGAGGCGGUCAUUCGAGUGUCGAUCGUAUCCGGAGCGCCCACUUCAAUGACUUGAAAAUCAUCCUACCGUUUUUAUUGAUGACACCUAUCUGGCUGACGACGUCACCCCAUGGGCGCCUCGUCGAUUGGUUCAUACGUUUGUUUUCAAUCUGCAAAAUAUUCCACACCAUUUCAUUCAUGAAAUUAAUCAAAACACCCGGAGUGUCCACCCUCUUCCUCAGCAUUUGUUAUGGAAUUGUCUGUUAUAUCAGCGUCAGCUCCUGUUUAUUUUAUUCAUUUGCUCACAGCAACAGAGGAGAGUUAUAAUACGAAUCGAGGGAAGUGAUAUCAUGUCACGAGUGAUAAAAUACUUUUCGGGGUAUGAUGAGAAAAAUGUAGUAAAACAAACGGAUUAAUUAUUGAUUCAAACACAGCGUUUUUCGAUAGUGCCAGCAGAAUAAGUCCUUGACGAUACGAAGCAUCUGUUCACUUUUAAUGAAUUACGUGAUUAAACUAAACGCUUUAAUCGUUGAUUCUGAGGGCUCCAAACAGAAAUCUCAUGAUUUGAUCACAUGCCAGUUCAGAUCUAUCGUAUAUUCCUUUGGAUUCUGAUUAUUUCAUCACUUUUACAUUGUUAUUUGAAUAUAUCGCAUCCCGACGAUCUGAAAAGUUAAAUUAAAAAAAUAUUUCCUGUCAGGUAAUGAAACCUUCGAUUGGAUUGAAUUUAACAUAUCAUUAAUAAAAAAAAAUCUGUAUUUUCCAAUUCUUAAAAAUAAAAAAAAUCCAAUCGAAAAAAUAACGUUUUUAGUUCUCAUGUCAACAUUGACAAUUUUCAUCGGUAUUAUUUUGGGAACGAGGAGCGCAGGAGCAGUGCGAGGGUGGCGAAGGGGUUGAAUGUAUGACGCGUCGGCGCACAGCGCCCAAUGCGCUACAAUAACCGUACGAAUAAGCAAAUGAUAAAAUUGUGGUGGAGGCAAUGGCUUUGUAUAAGUUUGUGGAUAAAUAAUGUGCUAGUCAGUAGGCACCGGGAAAUAUGUUAAGACCCAAUGGGCCUUUGGCGUGUGACUGCGCGUAAUGAUACACAAACGUAAGUGAAUGAACCGAUGGAGUGUAAUGGUCAGACGCAUUUG